CCAGCAACACCCUCACCGCAUGCAUGUUUCUGCUCCCCACCCCGUGCCCUCCAAACCCCACACGCAGUGUGGGGUCCCUGCAGAGAAGCACCACGACCGACCAUGGCAGUUGAGAGGAUCCACGCCCGCGAGAUCCUGGACUCCCGUGGGAACCCCACUGUUGAGGUGGACCUGUACACACACAAAGGCAUGUUUCGAGCAGCAGUCCCCAGUGGUGCAUCCACGGGUAUCUAUGAAGCUCUGGAGCUGCGAGACAACGACAAAUCACGUUUCCUCGGAAAAGGAGUGCUGCAGGCCGUGGAUCAUAUCAACAGCACUGUCGCCCCAGCUCUCGUGGGCUCUGGCCUCUCUGUUGUGGAUCAAGAGAAGAUAGACAACCUGAUGCUUGAGAUGGAUGGCACAGAAAACAAAUCCAAGUUUGGUGCCAAUGCUAUCCUGGGAGUUUCACUGGCUGUGUGCAAGGCAGGAGCUGCAGAGAAGGAUGUCCCCCUGUACCGCCACAUUGCUGACUUGGCCGGCAACUCCGACCUCAUCCUUCCUGUGCCUGCUUUCAAUGUGAUCAAUGGAGGUUCCCACGCAGGCAAUAAACUGGCCAUGCAAGAGUUCAUGAUCCUGCCUGUGGGAGCUGAAAGCUUCCGCGAUGCCAUGCGCAUCGGGGCUGAAGUUUAUCACAACCUCAAGAGUGUAAUCAAGGAGAAGUAUGGCAAAGAUGCUACCAAUGUGGGUGAUGAGGGAGGCUUUGCCCCCAACAUCCUGGAAAACAGUGAAGCUCUGGAGCUCCUCAAGGAAGCUAUUGACAAGGCAGGCUACACAGACAAGAUUGUCAUUGGUAUGGACGUGGCAGCCUCUGAGUUCUACCGUGAUGGCAAAUAUGACCUGGACUUCAAGUCCCCAGAUGACCCAAGCCGCUACAUUUCUGCAGAUGAGCUGGGUGACCUCUACCAGAGCUUUGUACGUGAUUAUCCAGUGGUCUCCAUUGAGGACCCCUUUGACCAAGAUGAUUGGGAGGCCUGGUCCAAGUUCACAGCCAACGUGGGGAUUCAGAUAGUGGGAGAUGACCUGACAGUGACAAACCCAAAGCGCAUCGAGCGAGCUGUUGAAGAGAAGGCCUGCAACUGCCUUCUGCUCAAAGUCAACCAGAUUGGAUCUGUCACAGAGGCCAUCCAAGCAUGCAAGUUGGCCCAGGAGAAUGGCUGGGGUGUGAUGGUGAGCCACCGAUCUGGGGAGACUGAGGAUACCUUCAUUGCUGAUCUGGUUGUAGGACUGUGCACCGGGCAGAUAAAGACGGGUGCUCCCUGCAGGUCUGAACGCCUGGCUAAAUACAACCAGCUCAUGAGGAUUGAGGAGGAGCUUGGCGAUGAAGCACGCUUUGCUGGACACAACUUUCGCAACCCAAGUGUUCUUUGAACAUUGUUCCCAGAGCACAGCCACCCUGAUGCUCGUUCCCACCUCACAGACUCUGAAGCCCCCUUUCCUCCACUGUUCCCUUUUUUGCUCUUUCUUCCCCCUCUGCCACCUGGUUCCCUCUCACCUCAAAGCCCCUCAAAUUCAGAUGUCCCUGGCUAGACAUACCAAGAUGAAGGAUGGGAGAGAGGCCUACACCCUGUCCCUUGCUUCAGGGUCAUAAGCAUUUCUGGAUCUAGGCAGUGUGUGUCUUUUGUGUUUUCCUUUCUGUGCAGGGUCACAUCUGAGCAACUCUGUUCAUGUGUUGGACCACAGAAGCAUGCUGUCUGAUGUGUUUCCCUUGUACGCCGAAGCACAUGCAGUGAACAUAUGUGUGUUGGCUGGUAUGUUUGGACAACUGCUGCACCUGUAGCUGUGUUUGGAUGAGUGUUGCCAGUGGCUCGCUCUUGUUGUGCAUGUGUGUAGGUGUAGGUGUACUGGCCCACGGUGUCCUUGUGCCCCAGGCGUGUGUUUGUGCUGAGCCCUGGUGGGACCCGAGUGUCCCUUUCCUCCACCCCCAGUGCUGUGCUGUGUUGGGCUGUGCUUGCCAACAGCUUCGUGUUGAAGUGCACUGCUGUCCUUCACUGGGUGUGCGUGUGUCUGUGCUGCCAGUCUCUGGGUCAGCACAUAGUACUGUGGGGCGCUGUAUUAAAACACGUCCGUAAACAAACCCAUGCUUUCAUUUGCUUAUCGUGACCUUUUUCUCUCUGUCCCCUUCCCCUUUGCACUCCUUCUUCACUCUCUCUUCUGCCCAUAAUGUUUGCUUCCCCUACUGGACAGCCCAUGCUCAGCUGAGCAACAGACAAACCACAGGUCCCUAAACUCUAUUAAAACUUAUUUCA